AUGGUGCUGGAUGAUGGCGAGAUGAUAGAAGGCCACUUUAUGGACCCAGAAGCCACCGCGGAGAUUGUUGACGAUAUCGAGGAAGGUGACGCUCCCGGUGUGUGCGCUGUCUGCGGGCAGAUGGAACCACCAGGCUUUGGUAGUCAACAAUUUUCAGGCAAUACGGAUGAUUGUCAGGUUGUUGACUGGGCUUUCUGUGACUACUGCAAUCGAUGGGUCCAUCUGAACGACCAAUGCAGCCGAGAUGCCGUUAUCGGGGACAAUGCUUUCAUGUGCGCACUUUGCCACUACGAAAGUGAAGACAAAGGUCAAGCUUUAGGCUCCGGAGAAAUUGCCUGUUCUCUGGCUGAUCCCUUCGUUCCUGUCUACUCUGCGACCUGA